AUGAGAUACACCUCAGAGCCACAGACCACACACAAUGCCACAACCACCUUCACCAACACCAUAUCACCCCACGAAGCCCACCGCCGCCAACAAGCCAAAGCCCUCCUCGACCAGAUCACCACCGCCCUCGGGCCCCCCAUCACACAGUUCCUCGCCUCCCACGGCCCCACCUGCACCCCUGGCAGCGAAGCCUCCUUCAUCAUCCACGCCCUCAACUACGCCCGCAGCCAAUGGUCCGUAGUAGCACACGGACACUUGCCGCUCGCAGCGGUCAUGUGUGUGUGGUCAAUGAAGGGGAAGGGCCUCUUCCACUACUAUAAGGAUAAGCUGGGAAUGAGGGGGCCGCUGGUCUAUAGGUGUGCGCUGUGUCAUGAGAUGAAGCCCGGGGGGCUGUGUAGCAUGUUGGAGCAUGUGGGGAUGGUGCAUGCGAGCGCUGCGGAGAGGGGGGUGAGGUGGGAGCGGCAGGCGUGGCCGGUGGUGUUGCCGAUUAGGGGUCUUGGGGAGCAAUGGGAGGUGGGAGAGGUGAAGAAUGGUGUAGGUGACAGGCGUAAGAGGAGGUGGAAGAGUAGGUGGGAUACACCGGUGCCUCUAGAGGGGAAAUAUGAUAAUGAGGUUAUAGAGGACGGGAGGGAAAUGGAGGCAUAUGCUGAGGAGCCUGAAGUUUGGGAGGCUGCAGUUAAGGAGGAGAGUCCCGAGCUCGAAGAUCCUGAAGACCAGGAGGCCAAUGAUGAUCUCGACCAGGAUAUCUAUGAUCUUUUCGCGGAAGCUUGGGAAUAG